AGUGAAAUUUGCUUAUUGCUUGUUGCCGAGUGCUUUGUGAAAUUUGAAUUCUUGUUUACUGAAAUUCUAUGUAGUUUUUAGUUUUAAAUAAUCAACGAAAAUGUUUCAGAGUGCAAUGAAAGAUGAAAAACAACCUGCUCGCAAGAGCUCAUUUUGGGGAAUUCGUUGCGAAAGUGGCAAAAAGUAUUCCCAAAUCGUUAAUCAGAAAUAUCAUAUCAGUAUGGCAGCUUUGGAUCCUACAUCAGUGAAGAAUGGGAAAGAAGUUGUAUCAUUGGUAGUUGAACGAGAUGGAUCUGAGUUUUUAUUGUGCAAUUUACAAAAAGAUUCUGUCUUGCAAGUAAACUUGAAUUUAUUUUUUGAUAAAGGAGAAAAGGUAGUUUUCUCCUUAAAAGGACAAGGCAUUGUGCAUUUGACUGGCUACCUAAUUAAAGAUGACAAUGAUCAGAGUGAUUGUACAUUACAACCAAAGACACUGAAUGAUUCUAUAAUGCUUGCUAGAGAUAAAGUAAAAUCCUCUGGAGAUGCUAAUAAAAGUGUUCAAUCUAAGAAGAAUUUAUCUACUCAGAAUGAUAGCUGGAAAGUGGAAUCUAAAGCAGAAAUUGUUACACCUAAAAAGAAACUUUUUGCCUCACCUCCAAAGAAAAGUAAUGAAAAAUUCCAAACCAACAUUACAGGUGUAUUGGAAGGUGAUAACUGGAAAGUGGAAUCUGAAGAAGAUAAGAAUUCGGCUUCAACUAUGCAAAACCAUGCAUCAACAUCCAAGAAAUCUACCAAUGUAUCUCCAUCAAAGAAAACUCCACAGAAAAAACUUUUUGGUUCUGCAAAAAAAGAAAGUGAAGAUUCAUCUGAUGAUGACGACGACGAAGAUGAUGAUGAUGACGACGACGAUGAAGAAGAAGAAACAUCAGAUGAUGAUGACAAUGUCAAACAGCUUCUGCUGUUGGCUCGGAAACGACCUAUUUCUUCUGUGGGUGAAGAUGAUGAUGAUGACGAAGAUGAAGAUGAUGAGGAUUUUGAUAUUAAUGACUAUUUGGAAGAGGAUUCUUCAGGCGAAAGUGAUGAAGAUGAUGAUGAUGAGCCUCCAGUUAAGAAAAAGCCAAAUAAAGAUUUGCCAAGCAACAAAAAAUUAAAAACUGAAACUUCAACACCUCUUACUGGUAAAAAGUCAACCGUGAAAAAUGUCACAGAAGUUAUUGAUAUUGAGGAUGAUGCCAAAAAUGGAGAUAUGAAUUCAUCUAUUGGGAGGACACCUAUGCCUAAGAAAAGGCCAGAAUCUGUACGUCAGAAAAGUGCUUUAAAUGAUUCAAAGAAAGCAACGCCUUCCAAAGAUGAAGAUUCCUCUGAUGAUGAUUCAGAUGCUGAAAUGGAAACUUCAACUGGUAAAGUUAAAGAAACCGAUAAAAACAAAUCUGCUGCUCAGUUGAAUGCAUCCAGUGAAGUUAAUACUGAAAAAAAGAAGAAGAAAAAAAAGAAGAAGAAGGGUAAGGCAGAUGAUUCCACUGCAGCUAAUGAGAGUAGUGCGUCUGUUAAUAAUGAUUCCUUAUCUAAAGGAAAAGUUGACUUGUCAAAGACUAAAUAUAGCAGAAGACUACAUGGAGGUGUAGAAUAUGAAGAUAUAAGGCCUGGAAAUGGACCUAUAGCUAAAAAAGGAAAAUUGGUUUACGUAUAUUACACUGGAAGACUAGCGAAUAAUGAAAUUUUUGAUUCCUGCCAACCAGGAAAAAGUAAACCUUUCGUUUUCAAACUGGGUGCUGGGCAAGUCAUACAAGGUUGGGAAGUGGCACUGGAAGGAAUGAAAGUUGGUGGGAAAAGGAAAAUUAAAAUUCCUCCACAGAUGGGGUACAAGGAUCAACGAGCUGGGCCUAUUCCUCCAAACAGUACUCUUUAUUUCGUUGUGGAAUUAAAAGCUGUCUCAUAAGAAUUUUUUUGCAUCUGUAAUCAUUACAGUACCUUGUAAAUAAACAUUAAUUUCUUAAUAAAGCAUAGUUUUAUUGUAAA